CUUGCACACUGGAUCAUGGAUUCCAAUCUUUGUGCAAGGCUUCAUCUCCAUAUAUCUUACCUGGUUUUGAGAUACACCUGUCGAAACAAAACAACAAGAAGAAUUUUGAAAAAUAACUUUCUCGAGUAAUUCAUUUACCGAUUAUGUGAUAUAAGCCAUUUGUUAGCACAAUUGGAUCUGACAGAUUUUUCAGAAGUGGGAUCUGUUUGAAACUGAAAGUGAAAUGUACGAAUCUGAAAUAUAGUAUGGGCAUAAUGCAGGUAAUAUGUGUCAAGUACUACUGUACUUUGUGAUAUGUUGUGUCCUCUCUUGGUACACUGAUGUACUAUGAAACCUGCAAAAGAUGACAAGCAGUCUGAGGCAAUAAAAACAUAAGCCCACUAAUGCUACUUUUUAUGUGGUCAUUAUGGUCUAUAAUAUCCCAUUUUUGAUGCAUUUUAAAGGCAAUGUGGCAGUAUAAGGGCUAAAAUUAGACCUUAUGUACUGACACAUUAAUGGAGGAAGGAGAUAAGUAAAUAAAAAGGUUAAGAGACAAGAGAAGUAUAUGACCUAGUGUAUGUUAUGCUGAUGGCUACAUACAGUACUUCAAACUGACAUUGCUUGCUCAUGGAAAUUUCCUCUGCAUAAACCCUUUUUGUCGCAAUGUGCUCCUUUGUAUUAUGUGCAGCUAUGACCUACAUAAUUCCAGGAAGGAAAAGCACAGGUUGUCCUCCCCUUGUGUGGAGUUGUGUGCAGAGUAAGACUCCCUGAAACAGUAUAUUACUAUUUGUCAUUCCUGGCCCUCUAUUCACCAAUGAUCCUUAAACUUCAUUACAUUAUUGAUUGAUAGAGUAAAACUUUUAUCAAGUUAGGAGGAAUAUUUUCAUGAGUAAGCAAUGUCAGUUUGGAGUAUGUAUUAUACAUACUACAUCCCAUACAUUCCUGUCUUGUCAUAUGCUAUCCCUAUAUAUAUAUUGUUUAAAUUUUCAGAUAGUGGAGAAAGAAAUGGCGGUUCACAAAAUGGUGCAAUCAAGACCAAAGAAGACGGUAUCAGAAAUCAUGAACAGCAACUGGAUAACGUUAAAGCCCAGAUCUCUGCUCUGCAACAAAAGUUGAACUCUCUGAAAGAGGAGAAACACAGUUUAUUCCAACGACUAAAAACUGUUUUAAAUGAGGAAGAUGAGAAGAGAGGGAAGUAUGAGGAUCACAUACACAGUGAACCAAGGAUACUUGGACAUGAAGAAGAGCUAAAAAUGAGUGAAAGUAACACAGUUAGAUUGGCAUCUGCAGAAGGUCUACCAGUACAGCAGCGAAGAGUACCACUACUUCCUACCCCUGAUCCAACUCUUCCAUCUCAACCAUGUGUACCAGGGCUGUCGUCGAAUAUCCCGCAAUUUUAUACACAAUUCUGGCCAGAGUAGGCGUGUAAUGUUAACACUUUGUAGAACAUUUAUAAUAUAUGACAGAUUUGUUCUAAUUGAGGCUCAGCUACAUGUUGAGUCCAAUAUUGCAGCCUUUUUUUCCUGUAUUCUUUCUGAUGAAGUACGUGGUCUUCCCAUA